AUGCCGACCGUAACACAGGCUACCGUCAGCACCAGCGUGGAUGUGCCGGCCACGGCCAUUCAUACUCAGAGCGCCAAUUGGAGGCCGACCAAGUCAGUGUCACCACCACAAGAUGUCUCUAGCACGCCAUCGGAGAAGAAGCGCGCGAGUAAAUAUCGACAUGUUGCUGCAUAUCAUUCAUCUCUACGGACGUCGCCUUUAAGCACGGACUCUCCGGUCAAUCCGAGCUUUAUUGGCUUUCGCAAUCUGAUGGUCAUUGUUUUAAUUGUGAUGAACUUGAGACUAGUUGUGGAAAAUUUCAUGAAGUAUGGAGUUCUCAUCUGUAUAAAAUGCCACGACUACAGGAAAAACGACGUUUUUCUUGCUUCAAUCCUCACUGCACUCGUCCCGUGCCAUCUAUUCGUGGCAUACAUCAUCGAACUAGCUGCCGCGCAGCAGGCCAAAGGCGCCAUCGGCCGGAAGAAGAAGAGUGACAAUGUCGCUGCCCAGACAGAAAAGGAACAGCAGACUUUCCAACUGACCUGGCGCUUCAUCGCUUUGGCGCAUACCAUCAAUGCCACAUUAUGUUUGGCCGUGACGAACUUUGUGGUGUACUACUAUGUCCACCAUCCCGGUAUCGGGACUAUAUGCGAACUACAUGCCAUUAUUGUAUGGUUGAAAAACUGUUCAUACGCAUUCACUAAUCGUGAUCUUCGACAUGCUAUGCUCCAUCCAUCAGAGCAGUCAAAGCUUCCCGAGAUCUACUCUACGUGUCCAUAUCCACAGAAUGUCACCGUGGGCAAUCUGGUGUACUUCUGGCUUGCGCCUACGCUGGUCUACCAACCUGUAUACCCGCGAACAACGCAUAUUCGAUGGGGUUUUGUCGGAAAGCGACUUGGCGAGUUUGUUGUGCUAUCGGUGUUUAUCUGGCUGACUUCAGCUCAGUAUGCUGCUCCUGUUCUGCGCAACUCGCUUGACAAGAUUGCUGUGCUGGACUUUACCUCCAUCAUUGAACGUAUUAUGAAACUGUCAACGAUAUCGCUCGUCAUCUGGCUGGCAGGAUUUUAUGCACUGUUCCAAUCACUCUUGAAUGCACUAGCCGAGAUUAUGCGCUUCGGCGACCGCGAAUUUUAUUCGGACUGGUGGAACAGCUGGAGUGUCGGAAUGUACUGGCGCGCCGUCAUUGCCGUCGCCCUUGGUGGGAUACCUGUACUGUCAUGGAUCCAGGGCUCAGUCGUUACUAUUCUACGCAAACCUGCCAAAGUCCCCUAUCCGCAACACUAUGCGACGGCCGAACAAUGCAAGGAAAACCCCGCCGCACAUAAAUUCAACAGCGCCCAACGCUCCCACGGCAAUCUAAUCGAAAACAUGGCCCAGACAAUGCUGUACAUGCUCGUUGCAGGCCUCAAAUACCCCAACGCAACUGCCGCACUGGGCGCGGUAUGGAUCGUGUUUCGCGCUUUGUACGCGCAUGGAUAUAUCACGUCCAACAAGAAGAAUGGCAAAGGACGGUUCAAUGGGGCACCGUCUUGGAUCGCGCAGGCUGCGCUUUGGGGGUUGGCUGUUUUUGGCGUUGGAUGGGAUUUGAUCAAACUUUGA